AUGCUUUAUCUAGCCACUAUAAUUAGGUAUCUAUCUAUGUUUGUGUUGAUGCUGUUUGGCACACAAGUAUAUAUCACGCAAGGACUUGGGCCAAUCUUCUGGUCCGACAGCUAUCAACUAGAAACAGCUUCUUCUGCCGCCAUACGCGACCAUGCUAUAGCAUUAAAGCUGCCGGAUUACACGCUUAUGGCAGAGCUAGCUAUGAGUGUUGAAACGCCCAUACUUACAUACAGGACAUCAGUUUUAGCCGAUCCACUCUUGAACCCAAAAGGAAUUCUAAAGGGAUACAUUACCGUUAAUAUUGAUCCAAAUAUACUUCAUAAUGGCUUUUUCCUUGCCUACUGUACACGAGGAAUACAGUACACCAAUGAGUUUCUGCGCACAGUCUAUACCUUUGGCCAGGAUGACUUCCGGUUUCUUGCACAAGUGCUUAAACUGAAUUACUACCGGCCAGAAACCAUUAGCAUCCAAUUAGAAGACUACUAUGUUUUUAAAGUUAACUCCAAAUAUAAACCACUAUAUCUUUUCAUCAACGCUAAACCCUUCUCCCCUAUUGGACUGCCUGUUGCGCCGGAAAUCUUCAUUGCAAAAUGCCCGAAUAUGCCUUUGCCGCCGAGGUAUCCGAAUGACCCUUUCAGCAUUAAGACUGAAGACAUUUCGGUUCUUUCACCGUUGCUAUACAAGGAGUUUUAUUACCAGCUAACUAUGCCCCUACCGGGUAUCUCGACUAAAAGUAGUCCAGGCAUCUUUUAUGUCCCUGAGACUCAAUCGUACUAUAUUGAUCACCAACACUAUGAUGCUUUCAUUUAUGCCCGUCCAGCGACCUGCUGGCACGGAUCCUACUUCGUUAUUCCCAAACACCACCGCGGCAGCACGAAUACUCCUACUGUGUAUCAAUUCUAUCCCAACCGCAUUGAAAUAAUUAAGUACACAAAUCGUGACGGCCCGUCCGCCUCCGCCUUGCAUGGCUGCCAGAACAAUACCAAAGUUGUAUCCGAUCCCGCCCUGAUUAAAUCCCUUCUCAAAUCCCAACAGCUCUGGCACACAGACCCAAAUGGUAAUCUCAUUGGCAAGCUGUCCUCUAAAUGCACAUUAUAUGGUGACUUUACUCCCAUUACACAUAACAUAACCUCUUGUUCACUGUCUUACAGCCACAACUUAACGCCCGUUGCUAUUCAGGCCAACGACUUCAACCAAAUAAUCAACUCGAUUAGCUCUGCCAAUCAGGCCCCCGCCAAAACUACUUCUAACAACACCGCGGCAGAGCUUCUGAAUCUACUCUCUAAGUCUCUCCGCCUUCCCGAGCCCAUCACGCCAAUCCAACCCCCUACCUCCCCUUUUAUUACACACAGCACUCUUCCCCUAGGUCUUAUCAAACCUUCAACUCUUCAUACUCUUUUGUUCUCUGUUCAUAAUAUCCCUUUUGACUCCAGUAUCUACACCGGCAUGCCCUUUGACAUCUGGAUGCACGAUAUCACACUAUACGAUUAUGAAAAAGAACCACCCGCCUCUCCAUCCCCAACUAACCCGCUCUCUACCUCCAAUCCAGUCCCAACACCUCUUGAUUCCUUUUACCACCUCCAAAGUUUAGCUUAUCUUAACCAGACUUUCCCCAUUCCUUACGAGGUCUUUUAUGCCCCCAAACGAGCUGCCAUUGAUGGAUUCAAAGAGCUUACCACCAUCUCCCACCAAAUACAAACUGCGGUCAAUCUCAUGGACAAAUUCCCUACCCAAACUGUCUGGAACACCGAGAGCACGCUCCAAGCCCUUCUUGUUGAGCAUACCCGCCAUCUCAAAAUGAUCCUCAGUCACGAAUUCGUUGAACUCCAAGCCAUCCAAAUGGGAUUAUCAGCCAACUCCAAGAAGGAAAAGCUCGACGAUAUCUUUAACAAUGCUACCUACCAGGCAUACCACACAUCACUACAGCCCACAGAAGUUGUUGACGCUCUCUCGCCCGAACUCCAAGAAGGCACUUUUUUCCUAAGCUAUAUUAUCAAGACCACCCGAGCCCAUCUUCACAAAAUCCAACGUUUCACUAGCACACCUCUCUAUCAGUAUCUCUACCAUGAAUAUCCCAAGAUUCAAACCAUGAUUCAGCCAGAACUUGAUGCCAUUAAUAACCUUCACAGCGCCCUUAUUCCGUUUGAAUACAGCUUUGUCUGGUCGGCCAAUCCCCUCGAUCUAAUUAACACCUAUAUUCCCAACAGCCUCUAUCGCCCUUACCAAAACAUUCUCAUCAAAUGCAACGAAGUUGUUGAGCGUCUCUUCAAGACCAACACUGCUGAAUUCUCCAAGCCAUCCUCCCAAUCCGAUGCUGGUGCCAUUAGUCCUGUGGCUCACCAUGCCACCAAAAUACAAGGAAUACUACUCUACCAUGCCAAUACAACCAAAGCCAUCAAUCAGCAGCUCCACAGCUACAUCACCUACCUAGAUAGCAUAAAACAAUUCUAUAUUAAGUUUCCCAAACAUCUCUUCCACUCCUCCUCUACACGCAAGUUGAAACCUCGCCAAUCCAAAUCCACGCCCGCCCCUUCCAAGUCCAGUACUAAUUCCAACUCCACCACCCAACCCGCACUUACUCCUGCUAAUCCCAAUCCCAAACCCAAUCCCAAACCUAAACCUAAACCUAAACCGAAGAGAUAUCAAAUACCACAAAGCGACACGGACUGUCCCCAUCCUAUCCCCGACACUAAUAUUCCUUGUCGCACCCGAGAAUUUCUCUCGGAUACAAUUAAGUCUCUUGUGGAAUCUCGCGACCAGCGCCAGACCGCCGAUUGGACUCCUGUUAUAACCCACCGUGCUUUACCACCCCACACGACUCCUCCACAGCCCCAACCAGCCCCCACUAAACUCAAUACCAACAAGUUUAUUGAAUUCUCCAACUCGUUCAACAGUCUCUUCCUGGACCAGCUAUCCUAUGUCCAUCAAUCCUCAGUCAAUGCCACUCACGUCGAUCCCAAGUACCUCACUAUCCUAAACCAUGAACUCUACAAUCCCCAUACCUACAAAGAGUGCGAAACCUACAUUGACAGCAUAUUAGAUGGCGUACCUAACCCCUUUGCCGACCCUAAUACCAACACCAACAAUAUCCCCGUCCCACACCGAUUUACCCGCUCCUCUCUCUCUCCUUUCUACCACCAAAUCCUCAACGACGUGUUUUCACAACUCCUCAUUAAUUUUGACCAGGCCUCCGCUAUCCCUACUGAAUGUCUGGAAGCCGCCAAUGAGUACAACAUCCGCAAUGUCGUUCCAGUCCUCUAUACUCUUGAAUCGCUCUUUUUCAAGCUCAUGGUGAAUCCAGACCCAGAUCGUCCCUUCUCAACCGACCAAAGGCUCUACUUAGCCCAAUCUUACACAGCCGACAUUCUUUCCCGAACUUAUUCUGAACAUUGGAAACUACCCUCCCUGACCACACCCCUUAAGCAUUUUGUUCUUGAACUCUUCAUCCGACAUAAGCCAGCUCUCCAAAUCCUUCGCAACCAAAACCCCCUCUACCUCUCCGCAUCACAACCAGACAAUCUCUCCGCCGAUGAAAUUACCGCACUUACCACAAGUACUAUAGCUAUUUCCGAACAGAUAAAUCACUUUAUUACUGAGCUAUGUACCAUCCUUCGCGAACUAUUCGCUAUUGAAAAUCUCCCAGGUAAGCCCGGCGAUAUCUGUGCCCAAUACACUCCUAGCCCCACCGCCAUUCUUCCUGACCUUAUUGAAGACUGUCAAAACCAGAUCAAAAAACACUACCAAAUCGGUCUCCAUCUCAUUGAUAAGCUUAAACAAGUCUACCCCAACCACGAGAACUGCCGCCGUCUAAUCAAAAAACUCUACGUCGACUCGUUCCAAACCGAGGACUUCGAUGAUGAAGAUGUCGAUUAUUCUUAA